CAAAAAUCAGGAGAUUCGCGUAGUUCUCCAGUGUUUUGCGUUGAAUUACAGAACAAGGAACCUGUUGAAGAGCCCUAAGUUUAUUAAAGUUUUUAGUAAAAAUAAAUAAAUAAAUAAAUAAAAUCGCUCUAAAACUAAAAGUUCAGUAAAAUGGCUUUGGCAACAGUCCGAAGAAUUUUAAUAAGUGAAACUGUUGAUCCUUGUUGCAAGCAGAUUUUGCAAGAAAAUGGCAUUGCUGUUACGGAGAAACAAAAUCUGAGCAAAGACGAGCUGAUUGAUGAAAUGAAGGGCUAUGAGGGACUUAUAGUUCGUUCUGCCACCAAGGUCACUGCUGAUGUCAUCAAUGCUGCCGAAAACUUGAAGAUCAUAGGCAGGGCAGGGACCGGUGUAGAUAAUGUGGAUGUGGAGGCAGCAACAAAGAAAGGCAUUAUUGUGAUGAAUACUCCCAGUGGCAAUACCACCAGUGCUGCUGAGCUGACCUGUGGAAUGAUCGUAAGUCUGUCCAGGCAAAUCCCACAAGCUGUUAUGUCAAUGAAAGCUGGAAACUGGGAUCGUAAAAAGUUCAUGGGGGCAGAGCUAUAUGGCAAAACUCUAGGAAUUGUGGGUCUUGGGAGAAUUGGAAAGGAAGUAGCUAUUCGAAUGCAGUCUUUUGGAAUGAAGACUGUAGGCUAUGAUCCUAUAAUUCCUCCUGAAGUCAGCGCCACAUUUGGAGUUGAACAGAUGUCCCUUGAGAGACUGUGGCCACUUUGUGAUUAUAUCACUGUUCACACGCCUUUAAUGCCAUCUACAACAGGGUUGUUAAAUGAUGAAAGUUUUGCCAAGUGUAGAAAGGGAGUAAAGGUCAUUAAUUGUGCCCGCGGUGGCAUUAUAGACGAGGGUGCUCUACUGCGAGCUCUGGAGUCUGGGCAGUGUGGCGGAGCAGGACUGGAUGUGUUUAUUGACGAACCCCCUAAGGAUUGGUCACUUGUAAACCACCCUGGUGUGGUCAGCUGCCCUCACCUCGGGGCCAACACCAAGGAGGCCCAAAUACGCUGCGGGAGAGACAUUGCAACACAGAUUGUCGAAAUGUUGCAGGGCAAAUCCUUAAUUGGGACUGUGAAUGCACAGGUCCUUACAGCUGCUAUAGCUCCUGAAUCUAGACCUUGGAUUAAGCUUGGAGAAGCACUGGGUUCGGUGGCCAAAGCUUGCGCCGGACAAGUGAAAAGCCAAGUUCAGAUUACAGCACUGGGACAAUCCCUAAAGAAUGCGGCUGGCUAUCUGAGCGCUGCAGUGGUUGUUGGACUGCUUAAGGAUGGCUCAAAGAGUGCUGUUAACCUUGUGAAUGCACUACCCCUGGCAAAGGAAGCUGGAGUAACUAUUGCCAGUCACCACAGUGAUGCAGCACCAAUGUUGGCUCAAAGAGCAUGUGCAGUAGAAAUAUCUGCAAACGGUGUCUCUCACAAAGUGGUGGGGUCGGUUCAAGGAGAUGUUCCUGUCCUAUUGGAGCUCAAUGGAGGGCUUUUCAGACACCCAGUCCCUCUCACUGGCAACCUGAUCUUUUUUAAGGCCUUGGCAAGCCCUCAGCUUGUGCCUUCUGUUGCAGGUGUGCUAGCGGCUGCUGGUCUUCAGGUGGAGUUGUUCAGCACCUCUGCAGCAAUCGCAGGAGAGCAGUGGUGCAGUGUGGGAGUUUCUUCGUUAUUAGGAGACCUGAACACAUUGAAAGUGCACGUAAAAGAAGCACUGCAGCUGUCCUUGUAGAUUCCAGAGAUGCCUUUCACAUCAUUCCAUAGGUGUCCUUAACGUUCUCUGUCACAUUGAUAUUGCUGUUGGAUUGACAGAUUCCUUGGUUUGCUUCAUAAUUUAAUGUGUAUUAACUGUGGCUUUCAAAAACACGUUUUCGUGACACUAGUUAACAAGAAGUCCCUUUAGAGCUUUGCUUUAGUUUUCCAAGCUUCAUUUUCACUUUGACUUGGGUGAUAUCAGUUUUUAGUGUCAUCAUUUAAAAUGUCUGUCACCCCCUGCAUGGCAAACUUGAUAACUGCCUUAAAUUUUCGUCAUCUUCUCAGACUUUUAUCCUAGACCCCAAGCUUCCUGUAAACUGUUUGAAUUUCAUUUGGGUAUAACCUGAUACUAUACGUUUCUCUCUCAUUGUAAGCUGUGUGGGUUCAGGUGGAGUGAGUAAACAGAGUAUUUCCAUCAAUUUUUUAAUAAUUUAAAUUGGCAUGUCUGACUAAAGACACCAAGUUUACAAGUUGGCCGCAGCGAUAUUUAGAUCUGUUUUGGUCUUUGAAAUAGGCAAAAUAGAGGAAAAAGGACUUUAUCUGAAGUAAAGUGAAAAUGAUGUAUGGAAAACAAAAAGACAUAGAAACACAAUAAAACAUAGUGAUGCAUUUUACAUAGUGUUACUGUGACUACCAGUGUUAAAUGUUUGAAGAGUAAAUGUAUUAUGUUAAGAGUAAAUGCCAAAACAUGAAUAAAAUGAGUUUAGCUUUA